AUGGAGAAAGCAUUGUGUAUGAUUGUGAUUUUGGCGGCCGCGGCGGCCCACCGCCACCACCCCAAGUUCCCCAAAUCAUCCGAAGAAAUUGACACUUCUCUGUACAAGAAAGUUGCGUGCACAAGUGAAAAUGACCUGUUGCGGAAUGAAAUUAUUGAAAAGUCAAAAUGCGGAGAGCCUAAAGAGGUCUUCAUACACUUACACCCUGGGGCCACACACGAGCAGGUUAGCCCGGGUGCGGUUUGGGUGAAGAGAUGUGUCGGUCUCUGUGACUACGAGGCUACCGGUUCAAAAUGCGUCGCGACCAAGACAAAAAUACAACACAUACCGGUGAGAAUAUACAACGUGAAAACAAAUAAGGAAACUUGCUCCACGUACGCGGUGGAGGUGCACGAGAGCUGCGGCUGCUGCGCGCUGUCUCCGGCGGAGUGCGCGGCGCCGCGCGUGUACAACCCGCGUAAGUGCUCCUGCCAGUGUCCCAACGCGGACGACAAGAGGACUUGCCACAGGAAGCGGAACCAGAAUAUGAGGUGGAAUCGAUAUAAGUGCACGUGUGAGGAGAAGAGAAAGACUUCCGGAAGGGGGCUCCCCUUCGGCUUCUGA